AGUUUUACAAAUAAAACUAUAGAUAUUACUAGCCUAUUUAGAUCAGUCCUAUAUAUAAAUAGGCUAGUAAUGUGUAUAGUUGUAUUCGCUUCUAUUUUGAACAGACUGAUAAACUGGUCUACAUACAACGGUGAAGUAGCGCCCCCACGUGGAAGGAAAAAGUUUGGAAGGGCAACGUUUUGAUUAUGCAUGCAAAAUAAAAAGCUGUAGCAGUUUAAUAAAAAAAAAUAUGGUCAUUUAUACAAUGUAAAGGUUUUAAAAUUCAUUCAUUCAGUCGUUUCCAUUGUUCCAUUGCCUUGUUGGCACUCAUCCUCUCCCACAGCCUACUUUAUUCUUGUUCUCUUUGCGUGGCAUAAUCUCCUUUUUAAUGUCUGUGUGAAUUGUAUUCGAUGCUAUAGUAUUAAUGAAUAAUAUUUAUUCAGACUAUCGCCGAACAGUUUCCUACAGCGUUUCCAGAGCACACGAGGUGUGAGUCACCGCUUUGCAUAUUACAAUAAUUCCAGGAAGUUUUUUUUAGGUCGACUGUUUCCUGCACCUACGCUACCUUGUUUACUGUACUCUUUGUCGCUGUCGACGUCGCUCGUCUGUUAAAAAGGUGUUCAAAAACGAGCAUUCAUUCGGCUUUAGUGAGCUUUGUGUAUGUUAGAAGGCGAAUCAUGAAGUUCCUGUACCUGAGAGGUGCUGUGUUUUUCACCUUCAUACCUGCGGCACUAAAUCUCAUGCUCAUGGAUGACGGGCGCUCUCUGAACUGUACACAAGAGGAAAUACGAUGCACAGCAGAGUUCCAUAACUGCAUGUAUAAAGAAUGGCUGACUCCUUCAGAUUUCACUCCUAGUGGACCAGAUGAUUUAACACUGCGUGUUGAUGUAAGAAGAAAUACGAAAGGCCAUUUGGAACCGGUGAUUGUGGCAGAAUGGAAAGCAAGGGAUGAUGGAAGCAUAAUUCACUUGAAAGGAACAGAGUUUAGUGUGUUAAAGUCAUCCACCAAUGAAAAUCUGUGUGUUCAUUACAAGUUCCUCGAUGUUUUUAAGUCCAUGAGAAAUAAGGCAGACGAAAAGUGGUCUUUUUCUCUGGAUAAAGUUGUGGUAGAUCCAGGCAGCACAUAUGUAGUGACCGUCUCCAACCUUCCCAAAUCAAAUUUAAAACACACCAGUUACAAUAUCUCCAAAAAGGUUAAUGUUCCAGGUUGUGACGAUCCUUUGAUGCGAACGAGCAGAAUCUGUUUUGAAAGAGGGUAUACAUGGCAACCCAAUAUUACUGUAGGAAGGACCACAGGUGUGAAUAGCGAGGAUAUUCUGUACGUUACAUUCAAUCCUGGAGAGAACAUCGAAAAAUACAAUGUGUUUCUGAAGUGCUACAGCGUCGAGCAAAUGAAGACACUUUAUAAUGAGAGCAAGCCAUUACUAAAUGUCACAUAUGACCUGGAGGACUGGCCACGGACAUGCUGUCAUUUUGAUGUUCAGAUCCAGCCAUUUCUCUGGAAGUGUGGGAACGACUGUCGUCGAAAGAAUCACAAGUUUAACAUAUGUGGUCCUGUACCAACAAGCCCUCCUGAGACCAACUCAGCACUCUGGAUCAUUUCUGUUGGACUAUGUCUCUUAAUUUGUGCCAUAGGUAUUUGUGCAAUUUAUUUGCGCUGCAAGAAACAAUCGCAAGAAAAGCCAAACAAUGAAGUUACUCUAGAACAGCCAUUUUCACCCGGUCCUCGAUCUGUAUUAAUCAUCUACUCCAGAGAUCACCCCCUUUACACAGACAUAGUCCUGAAGCUUUGCGCCUUCCUGCGGGCCAAAUGUGGCAUGGAAGUUGUGCUAGACCUACUUGACACGACUUGGCUCGGCACUAUCGGCCGGCUACAGUGGCUUGAGGAAAAAAAGCGACAGAUCGAGCAGUCGUCAAACAAGAUUUUGGUCCUUUGCUCCCGAGGAGUGCAAGCCAAGUGGGGUGCGAUGUGUGGAGAGCCUCGCAUCCUCCUCCGGGAAGACGUACGCUCUCCGAUCGGUGAUAUGCUGACUCUCGCCCUUCAGCUGAUUACACCUGAUAUGCAGCGUCCGGCUUCCUACGGGAAGUAUUUGGUGGCUUACUUUGACGACGUAAGCAGCGAAGGCGAUGUGCCAUCUAUGUUUGACAUUGCGGUAAAAUAUAAGCUGAUGAAGCAUUUCGAGGAGCUCUAUUUCCGUAUCCUCGAUGUGGAGAAGUAUCAGCAGGGAGUGAAGCACUGCAUCGAGGGGAUCGAAAAGGACGAGUACUUCAACUGCCCCUCGGGCGAAGCCUUGAGGAACGCAAUCGAAGCAUUCCAGUUGCACCAAAUGAAGAAUCCCGACUGGUUUGAGAAAGAGUGCGUGACCAGCGAGGAGGAAGUGAGAGGGGAAGCCGAUCCACUUCUUAAGAUACCCAUGCAGCCGGUGUAUGAGUUAACGCCCAUGCUAAACAUCGGACUCCCGAUUCUUGUGAAGGAGGUCGACAUCAAUCAGGAGCCCCAGAGCGUCUGUGCAGUAAUUCCCCAAAUUCAAGAGAAUCCUGAGGAGUCGUCCGUGGUGAUUAUCAAUCCAAGAGUCCAGCCAGGGCACAGCGAAGUACUUUCCUAUUAUCCAGCAAUAGCACCCCUUGAAUUACCCAGCGUGAUUGGUAUUGGGGCGCCAAUGGACACGCAAAUCUACCCCCGUCUCCUCGCUGAAGCAGGACCAGUGGAAACCACGCAUCCUCCUUAUGCGUUUCCAACUGGGGAACCGUCAGAUAAUUGUCAGACGGACAGCAGAAAGUGCUUUUUGAUAGCACCUCCACCGUCAAUGGAGGACAGCUUCCAUCUAUACCAGGAAAUGGACAUGUCCCGGCCAGUAGAGAUGGAGGAAAGUGAAAUGGAGGGUGCUUCUGAGACGAGACCAUCACGAGGGUCCGAUCAGGGAUAUGGUUCCAGGUAUUCCACGGUGAGGGAGGACCUCAAGCUUCAGCAAGACCUUUCCUCUCUGGCCAAGUUACAAAUGGACCUCUUUUUCAACAGCCCGAUCUCUUCUGGUUUCUGCACCCAAACUAUGGAGACCUGAGUCUCUUUUUUUCAUUUGCAGUGUGCAGGAUGUUCUUGAACAGUAUGUGGUUGUUCAUCACUCUUCAAACAACAUUCAAACUAUUUGAGUCAACAGGAACAGGAAACGGACUAGAUGGAUGAGUUCAAUGAUCAGCAGUUUUAAAGUGAUUACGUGUUAUGUAUUUAUCAUAAAUAAUUAGACAUAAACACAAGAGUGUGAUCGGUUCACUUUUACUGUGGAGCAGAACAAGUACCUUGUUAAACAGCUUGAUAUAGAACAGCACAUCACAUGAUUUUAAGCUUAUGUUUAGCUACUGAACACAAGUCUAAGUAAUUUGAUUGGGCUUGCAAUGUUACAUUUGUAUUGUUUUUUUCAUAUUAAUUGCUCAUAUGAAAUGUUUUGUUGUAUUAUAUUGCACUAUUUUUUUAUUCAGUUUAACAGCUAUAUCCAUAUACCCAAGUUUGUAUAUAUAUAUAAUAUUGUAUAAGUAAAUUUCAAAAUUUAUGAA